UCAAGAAGGUGGUUCCUUUGAUUGGUAUCAGCGUUACUCUGAUCUUAGACCCUUUAUUCGUAAUUAUAUCCCUCCUCAGUCUAGGAUCCUCAUGGUUGGUUGUGGCAAUGCUGUGAUUUACGCGGAAUCAUGGUGGAUUAUGGCAAUUUUGACAAAAACUACACUAUUGAGCUUCAACAAAAUCAUAGUGCCACCGUGAUUUCGUUAAUUCAAACAUAGUUUUUAUACAUUCUUCAAUCAGAUCUUACCAUUAGAUUAUAUGUUCUAAGAAGUUUGUAGGACUUUAUCAACUUAGUCUCAGUAUUAUCGAUAUUAUAAAAUGAUAUUAGGCUUAGUUUUAAAUGUUACCCUGAUGUUAUCAACUCAAUGUCAUUAUUAUCCACAAAAAUAUUUAUAGAAGAACGAACUUGGUUUCAACCUGCAUUAAAUAUUUGGUUUUAAAAUGGAAGUUUCUUGUGUUUUUCUGCUAUGGUGGGUUGUAUUUUAAGUUUUGAACUUUUUGAUUGCAUCAUUGAUUGGCGAGCUCAAGAAAGGAGAAAAAACUACCAUAUUUCUGUUAAUUUGUCAAAUUGCAAAUUUUUAGUUAUUGAGAUCUGAUUAUGAAUUAUUAAGGUCAGACCGAUUGAUAGGAACCCUGAAUAAAAGAAACAGAAAAUGUAUUAUUAUUUGAGAAAUCCGGAUUAUUACAGAAGAAGACCUCUGUAAUCCCAGAGCUAAUGUUCCUCAGAGAAGAGAAGACAGCUGUAAUCCCAUCAUAAUUAGUUUAGUUUGACGAGGUCGAAUCUUGUUAGUUAGCACAAAAUGGCAUAAGCUGGAGAUAAAAAUGGAAUCAUGUAUUCUGUGUAGAUUUGUGGGCUUACCGAAGUUAUUAGGCAUCUGCAACUAACUAGAGCUGGCUAACCAGUUAUGUCAGAGGAUAUGGUCAAAGAUGGUUAUGAGGAAAUCGUGAAUAUUGAUAUUUCAUCAGUUGCAAUUGAAAUGAUGAGAAGAAAAUACGAGUACAUCCCUCAGCUAAAAUACUUGCAGAUGGAUGUCAGGGAUAUGAGCUUCUUUCCAGAUGAAUCUUUUAAUGGUGUAAUUGAUAAAGGAACUCUUGAUUCAUUAAUGUGUGGUACUGAUGCUCCAAUUAGUGCUUCUCAGAUGCUGGCAGAAGUGUGUAGACUUCUAAAACCGGGAGGGACUUAUAUGCUGAUUACGUAUGGCGAUCCAACCGUAAGGAUGCCUCACCUAAGCAAACCUGUAUACAAUUGGAAAAUUACAUUGUAUAAUAUCCCAAGACCGGGAUUUCAUAAGCCUGAAGGCAGUACUUCGUCAAGGAAAUCAUUCUUGGAACCUAUUCCUCUUACCGACAAGGGCUUACUUCCAGCAGAUUGGGUUCUGGAAGAUCCAGAUUCUCACUAUAUAUAUGUUUGUAAAAAGAUAAACAACACAGAUGUAGACGAUGUUUUAUAGCGCUCACUCACAUCGAAGCACGGUGAAGUUGGUGUUUAUUCACUUCACAAACUUUGAUGUGCAUGAGUUAUUUGUAUUUGCUCUUGUUGUGUGUACCACUUGGAGAAGUUACCCUUUUCAAUGGGAUGUUUCUAAUAGUAUUUUGUUAUCAUAAACUAGAGCAAUGAGGUUAGAUUGUAGAGAUGAUUGAUAAUAUCAUUUUAAAAUUUAUGAAGAUAUCAAAGGAAUUGACUGAUUAUGUAA